AUGCACUUCAGCCCUCUCCAUCUCCUUGCCAUCGUGACGGCAGCCGCAGCCGACCACACAAUGGGCUUCAUUGGCUGCUCCAUGGCGGAAAACGUUGCGCAAGGCUACGUCGCCGACGGCGGAAAGCGAAUGUGGCCCAACUACGGCACCAGCGGACAGGUGGUACAGUCUUGGACCGACGUCAACUCUGCCUCGUGGAAGCUCUAUGACCAACAAGUCGCGAAAUACGGAAAGCCCGACACGGUCUGGGUGCAGAUUUGCAUCUUUGCGCAGCAGGGCGCCACGGCCGACGAGGUCAAGAAGAUGAUUGCCAAUGCGCGCACACACUCCAACGCCGAUGCUGCCAUUUAUCUCACCGGUCAGCCCCUCUACGAGCAGGGAUACAAUUGCUUCUUGGCUGGAGACGGCGGUGCCAAUAUGACCGAUACUCUGGCCAAGACUGUUGCUGCAGACACCUCACUCGUCAAUGUCACUUAUCCCGGCUCAUUCCUUCUGCAUCCGAGCGAGGUCCAGGACGGAUGUCAUGCUAAUACUGCUGGACAAAAGUCGUUGGGUCAGCAGGCACUCGCCUUUUGGGGCUGA